GCACCCUCUCGGCUGCCGUAGUUCGCCUCUUCGCUUGGGCGCCUCGUCGUCAUGGCGGCCGUUCGAAAGCCGGUGCUGCUCGGGCUUCGCGAUACUGCGGUGCACUGCUGCCCCACGGGGCUGGGCGCCUGGACCACGAGCAAGCUGGGCGGCAUUCCGGACGCCCUGCCCGCCGUGGCAGCGCCGAGGCCAGUGUGUGAACUUUGCAGGCAGCCGCUUGUCCUGGUCGUGCAGGUGUACUGCCCGCUGGAAGGCUCCGCCUUUCAUCGGCUCCUGCACGUGUUCGCUUGCCCCCGCCCGGGGUGCGCUAGCGGCAGGGCGCGCAGUUGGAAGGUGUUCCGCUCCCAGUGCCUGCAAACGCGAGAGAAAGAGACGCAGGACGCUCAGAAACAGGAAAAUGGCCUCACAGCUGAGGAUUGGUGUGAAGGUGCAGAUGACUGGGGAAGUGACAGGGAGGAGGCGCCUCCACCACAGGUUAUCUCAGAUUUUAGAAAUGAUUCCAGCCGUGCCAAAGACAGAGACUGGACUGCCCAGCUCCAAGACCUCCGCCUGCAGGAUACUGUCCCGGGUGCUGCUCUUCCUGUGCCUCCCGGGGAAGGGAUGGCCUUGCCUUCCGUGCUGCCACAGUUCCUGCCCUACUACAUCUGUGUUGUUGAUGAGGAUGACUACAGAGACUGUGUCAGUCUAGAUCAUGCUCAGAGCCUUCUGAGGGAGUAUCAACAGAGAGAGGGAAUUGACAUGGAACACUUGCUUUCCCAAAGUCUUUCUAGUGAUGGUGAUGAAAAAUAUGAGAAGACCAUAAUUAAAAGUGGAGAUAAGAUGUUUUACAAAUUCAUGAAGAGAAUUGCUGCUUGUCAAGAGCAGAUUUUGAGGUAUUCCUGGAGUGGGGAACCACUUUUCUUGACCUGCCCUACAUCAGAAGUCACUGAGCUCCCAGCCUGCAGUCACUGUGGAAUCCGAAGGAUAUUUGAGUUUCAGCUUAUGCCAGCGCUGGUCAGCAUGCUCAGAAGUGCUAAUUUAGAAUCUAGGGGCAAGAUGGCAGUAAAGAUGCAAACCUACUGGAGAAUGGACUUGAGGACAUGGGGAGGGGGAAGGCUAAGCUGGGACAAAGUGAGAGAGUGGCAUGGACAUACACUACCAAAUGUAAAAUCGAUAGCUAGUGGGAAGCAGCGGCAUAGCACAGGGAGAUCAGCUCCGUGCUUUGUGACCACCUAGAGGGGUGGGAUAGGAAGGGUGGGAGGGAGGGAGACGCAAGAGGGAAGAGAUAUGGGGAUAUAUGUAUAUGUAUAGCUGAUUCACUUUGUUAUAAAGCAGAAACUAAUACACCAUUGUAAAGCAAUUAUACUCCAAUAAAGAUGUUAAAAAAAUUUACCAUUUUAGCCAUUUCUUUAAGUGUAUAGUUUAGUGGCAUUAAGUAUAUUCACAAUGUUAUGUAACCAUCACCACUAUCUAUUUCCAAAACUUCUUUGUUAUCCCAAACAGAAAAUCUGUACCCAUUAAGAAUUAACUACUCGCCCACUCCCAGAAAGGAAUUAACCCCCCCAUUUUCUCUUACCCUAGUUGCUGGUAACCUCUAUUCUAUCUCUUUCUGUCUCUGUGAAUUUACCUGUUCCAGAUACCUCAUAUAAGUGGAAUCAUACAACAUUUGUCCUUUUGUGUCUGGCGUAUUUCCCUUAGCAUAAUGUUUUCAGGGUUUGUCCAUGUUGUAGCAUGUAUCAAAAUUACCUUCCUUUUUAUAGUUCAUUGUAUGUAUAUACAAAUUUAAAAAAUUCUUUAACUUGAUGAGGUUUCCAUCCUUUAGCUAUUAUGAGUAAUGCUGCUGUGAACAGUGGUAUACAAAUAUCUGUUUGACUCUCUGUUUUUAGUUCUUUUGGGUAUAUCCUAAGAAUGGCAUUGCUGGGUCAUUUUUAGAGCUGUAAACACAUACAUUGAAAACAAAGAAAAAUCUCAAAUCAAUGACCUAACUGUUUACCUUUUAAGGAACUUGAAAAAGAAGACCAACCAACCAAAGCUCACAGAAGAAAGGAAGGAAUAAAGGCUAGAGCAGAGAUCUUAAAGGAUAAUAUAAAAACAACAGAGACAAGUGUUCUAAACCAAAUUUUUUGGUGUGGAUUCUUUAGGAUUUUCUACAUAUAAGAUCAGAUCAUCUCUAUUUACUAAUAUAUAUUUUAUAUAUAUACACACACACACAUUAGUUUUUGCCAAAUGUAAUGAUUUUACAUGGGAUGGUGGCUGAUUACAUUUGAUCUUUAUGACCAUGGAGUAUUCUUAUGUGUAUCUAAAGUACUUUUAGAACAGACAUGAAAAUAUUCCAUCUACUCAUCGAAUUCACAAAACAUGUUUAUUCAUUGUACAAUAUUUUAAAAGGUUAGCGUGGUUUAAUUUUAGAAGCAGAAAUUCUGUCUCUUAAGAUGAUGAGUUGACCAAGGCACACGUUUGGCAUAAUCAUAUACAGUUGAGGAAUAAUGGCUUCUAUCUCUUUGCACAACUGCCAUAGUCACUCAUGUAUAAUAUCUGCAAUGAGGGCAUUUUUAUGUCAGCAUUAUCUUUUUCCGGUUUCCGGUAAUUCCCUGAGGUACAUCAUAUCCAUUUCCUCUUUUAUUUCAGCAAUCAGUAAACCUUUCUUCUGUGGUUAUGGAAGUGUUCUUAACAUGAGCAUACCUUGUCAUGUGACGUAUUUGUUUACCAUGGCCUACUUCUCUUUUACAAUCAGAAACAAGGAAAGUUGUUUGCUUUUUGUAUUCCCUGCUCUAUUUCAGAUCUAACCUGAUUUCUUAGGACCUUUAUAUAUUUCUUUUGAAUCGCUUUAAGCACAUAAGAAGAGAUCACUUUUUAUCUUUACCUACAUCAUUAGGUGUAUGGACAUUAUAAUAACAUGUAAUUUUUUUUUACUACACUGAAAAUCAUUUCAGGCUUUGAUCUUGGAGUAGUUUUUCUAAGAGGUGACUUGUUCCUGGGACAAAAUAUAGCAACAACUAAAAUCACUUGCACGAUUGUCUACUAUUUUUGUUUCUUUAAAUUUGUCAGUUUUGGGGGCUUCCCUGGUGGUCCAGUGGUUAAGACUCCGGUGCUUAAGGGCACGGGUUUGAUCCCUCAUUGGGGAAGUUCUGCAAGCUGUGGAGUGCAGCCAAAAAAAAAAAAAAAUUUU